AAAGUACAUUCCAAAUAGAAAGAGUUCUAAAUUAUAUACAUAUAUCUUUUUCGUUUUCAAGUACUGUGUUCAUUCCGUUUUUGUCUCAUACAUGAUCAACAUAAAAAAUGUAUAAUUUUUAGAAAGUAAUCAAUUCAAAUAGAUAUAGAUUUAUUAUAAAUUUUAAAUAUUCAUUUUGUAGUGGUAUAUUAUUCAUUACAUUACUAAUACAACAACUUUCUUUUUUAUUAUUCUUUAUCAUAAUAUUUCUGCAAUUUUUCUAAUUAAUAAUAACAAUAUAGUAAUAAAAAAAGCAUGAUGAAGAAUUAGAUAAGAAAUCAUCAAAAGAAAUCACGUAAGAAAUAAUUUUCUUUAACUUUAGAAGUCAAAUGUGAAGAAAUGUAAUCUCUUAUUUCUUAGUCAAAUAUUUUGUGAAGACUGAGUUGCUUUUGGAUAAAAAUAUUUGAAAUUUGUCUAAAAAUGUUGUCUUUACUCGAUGUUGCAGUAAUAUCUUAAAUGAAAUGUUAUUAUAUAUAAAAUAUUAUAUUUAAGCGAACCAUUUUUUACAGUACUUUUAUAUUACAUUUUAUUAUGACAUAAUAUAUAAAUAUUACUUCAAUCAUAUGUUAGUUAAUUAACAGAAUCUCAUAUGUAUAAUUUAUUUGCAAAAUACUUAAUUAUUUUAUAUUUCAAGUUAUAUUUUUCUAUAUUAAUAUGACAUUAAAUGCAUUAUUGUACAUGAUAUAUGGCCUAUAUUUCUGAAAAUUUAUUUAAAAGUCACUUUAAUUACACAAUGAGUGGAAUAUGUUUAUUGCUAUGUCCAUCUUUUUAUUAUAAGACAUUUAUUAUAAUUUUACUAAAAUACUACAUUGAAGUAGUCAAUAUUGAAAUAAUGAGUCUAAAUCUAGAUAUAAACACAGCAGUUAUUAUAAUCUUAAUUACAUACUAAGAUUUGUGCAAUAUCAAUAGAUGUUGCUAUACCUAAAACAAUCUGUAUAUGAUUUGUUAGAUUGGUAAUUGUUUCAUACAUAGUAUCAUGUGUUUAUAAUACGUUUCUAAAUUAAUUAUUUGUACAUAUUAAAUCUAUUUGAAAUUUUUUGUUACUUAAAGGAUAAAUUUUAUAAAAACAUUAAAUUUUAUAAUAACUAACAACUUGUAUUUUGUUCAAGCUAAGUUUAUAAUAUUAUUUACAAUUACAUAAUUAACAAACAAAAGUACUUAAAAGACAGCAACAUUAUAAUAAAUAGAUUUUAAGAAAAAUUAACAAAUUUUCAUAAAAAAGUAUAAAAUGUUGUCAUUAUUGUACUUACCAUGAUAAUGAGAAUAAAUAAAUUAUUAAUGGUAACAGAUUUGUAAUGUUUUGUAUAUAUUUUCUUUAAACAAUUUUUUCGAACAAAAACUUUAUAUACGAGAUUUGUAAGAAUACUUUAAAAAAUUGAUGUCAUUACGUCGUAAAUCUAAUCUUUGUCCUCGUUAAAUCUAACAGAACUCCUAGCUGAAAUAAUAACAUCCUGAUUCCUGUCACACCAUGUAUGCAAGUAUAUCUUCAGUUAGUUCUUGUAUCACUUGAAGAAACAACAUAAUAUCUAUUUAUUCAUUUUAUUUAAUGAAUAUGAAUAUGUGCGAUAAAUUAAUUAUUAUUGUGUGAUAUUGUUAAACAUAUAUAUCUAUAAAUAUUAUUGUAAAAAUUGUGUACUUCAAUCAAUUACAAUGUUCGUAACUAGUAUAUUAAUAUUGAAAAUAUUAUUAUUGAACAGUAUUUUGGCAGAAUGGAUAGAUAUGCCUCAAUUUUCUAGUGAGAAAAAGAUAUAUAGAAUACCUACAAUAAAACAAGAUCAUUUUUAUAAAUUUGCUCAGAAAAAUGCGGAAGAUCAGUUCCAUUAUACAUAUCAAGAUAUUACUUAUAAGGAUGCAAAAACAAAACAAACAGCAGUUAAUGAAAGUGGAAAAUACAAUUUCCAUAAUAUGAAAGAUAAUAUCAAAAAAGAAUCAACUGUUUUUGAUCAAGAAAAUGUGUUUGUAUCUAAUCCAAAAAAAUAUAAUGAUAUAGCAGUUCCUUCAAUGACCAAGGAACGGGAAAGAAAUAAACAGUAUCUAAAUGAAUCUUUUACUUUUAAUGAUGCAGGACUAUUGAACUAUCUUCCAGUAGAUAUACUUAGAAGUGUUCAUUAUACUUUAAAAUCUCAACCAACAUCAAUUGAUGGAAAAAUUCAAUUUUUAAGAACAUUUGAAAAUACAUUAAUGAUUGAAAUAGAAUCCCAACUUGCAGGAAGUAUAAUGGUUGCUCGCAAAAGAAGGGGUACCGAACAUUAUGAUCACAGUUAUGAUCAUGAGCAUGCAGCUGGAUUUCCCUCCAUAGAAGGUGCACUUAUGGCUAUUUCAUUUCUCACGUUCGCUGUGUAUCUGGUUAGAUUGGUCAUGCUUUUAUUCAGAAAUAUGAAUAAUUCUGCAUCAACUACUACAGCUACCUUACUUCUUGGCAGAAGAAAAAAAUCAAUAGACAAACUUGACGAUGAUGCGACAAUUAUUCUUAAAAAUUUAUAUAACUUUUCUUCUAAAUUUUAAUAUAAAAAGAAAGUUACAUACUAAACAAAUAUCUUUAGCAUUGACUAUAUUAAAAUCUUCAUAAUCAAAUCUCUA